AUGCUGUUCUCGUUUUCGGGCUAUGCUCAUCAGCGCGCAUGCCUCUGGAAGCAGAAGGAGCGGCAGUCACAGAUUGACUCCCUCCCCGCCAUUUACUCGACGCCACUUUCUUUAUCCGAAGAAAAAAUUCACGCUCUUUCCAUUUCUCAACUCGUUUCCAGAUGUCGCUCAGGCGCGAUCGCGCCUUCGGCUGUUAUGAUGGCGUAUGCGAAGAAAACCCUUGUUGCGCAGCAUGCGACUAACUGCGUCACCGACAUCAUGUUCGACGAGUCGCUAUCCAUCCCUUCCGUUGCCAACUGGGGUCCUGGAGUCGACUCAGAAACACAGGUCACUGAGGCCGGGACUCAUGACCAUUCGCUCUUGGGAGUACCGGUCAGCAUCAAAGAUACGGUUGAUAUUGUUGGGCAUGACACCACCAUUGGCUAUUCUCGUAACGUCGCACGCCCUGCGUCCGCAUCUUCCGCGAUCGUUCGCCUUCUCCAGGAUGCGGGUGCCCUUGUUCACGUCAAGACGACGGUUCCAACAGGGCUUUUGGCCCUUGAGACUACCUCUGAUAUUUUCGGCCGCACUACCAACCCGUAUAACCCUAACCAUACAGCUGGCGCGUCGACUGGGGGUGGGGGCGCCCUCGUUGCUUACGGGGGGAGUAAGAUUGAGAUUGGAACGGAUGUGGGAGGGAGCGUCAGGAUUCCGGCUCAUUUUUGUGGUAUUUGGAGCCUGAAGGGGAGCGCAGGGCGGUUCCCGAUGUGGGGCAGUUCUUCAUCGAUGAUGGGGUUGGAGGGUGUGCCUAUCGUGGCUUCGCCCCUAGCUGGGAAUCUUGUAGAUCUGGAGGAGUUUUGGAAGCGGGUUGUCCUGUCUGAGCCGUGGCGCUAUGACCAUACCUGCGUUCCGAUGCCUUGGAAAUUUGUCAAUCUUCAAGUUGAAGGGCGCAAGUUGAAGUGGGGUAUCAUGUGGGAAGACGGCGUAAUCCCGCCGAGUCCGGCCUGUCGGCGUGCUCUGACAAUGGUUGCGUCAGCGUUACGGAAACAAGGACAUGAAGUCGUCGAUUUCCAUCCUCCAAAUGUGUUUGAAGGUUUGAAGAUCGCCUACCAGCUUCUCUUCGCGGAUGGCGGAAAGCAAGUCGCAAGCCAGCUGAGCCCAAGAGAGGCUUUUGGUGUCUCCACCUCUUCUAUCCUCGAUUUGCUUAACUUGUCGCGCUUUGUCAAGAAGGUCCUUGCCUUCUUUACUCGUUCGAGUGAUCCUAUCUCAGCUGAAAUUUACGAUAUUAUGCACGCAAAAACCAUAGUCGAGGAUCGCAAGCUCAUUGCGGCCAGAGAUGAAUACCGCGCACGAUGGCACCAGAAGUGGACGGAGGAUGGCCUCGAUUUUGUUUUAACGGUACCUCACGUCUUACCCGCCCUCGAAAAUGGUACUUCGAAACAGGCAACUCUCCUGAGCGCUGGUUACACCUGCAUUUUCAGCUUGCUGGAUUACACUGCAGGCGUGCUUCCCGUCACGUUCGUGGAUAAGAUCGUUGAUGCCCUUCCGAAAGACUUUGCUUCUACUCCCCAGGGCAAAUCUUUGAAUGGUGUUGCCAAGGGUGCGUUCUCGGUAUAUGACGCUGAGAAGAUGCAUGGAUUGCCUCUCGGCGUCCAGGUCGCUGGAAGAAGGCUCGAAGAAGAGAAGGUCCUGGAAGGUAUGAAAUUGAUCGAGGCGGCGUUGAGAGAACAAGGAACAGUUUUCGUUCCUCAAGUGCGGAUGUGA